GCACACAGUACAGCUAUCCAACUUACAAUCCAUCGAGUCUCCAUCUCCGCCACUUUCCUCACGCGAAAAUGGAUCUCCGUCCCUCUCAAUCUCGCCGUCCGCCCAGCUCUCCGUCGUCACCACCUAUCCUCCCCGACGAAAUCAUGGCAGAAGUCCUCUCCUUCCUUCCCGUCAAAUCUCUCAUGCAAAUGAAAAGCGUCAGUAAGUUCUUCAACUCCCUCAUUUCCGAUCCCACCUUUAUCAAAAUGCAUCUCCGUCGAUCCGAGCAAAACCCUCAACUCACACUCGUCUCAGGAAAAUCCGUAGCAGAUUUCCGUUUCGUCACUCUCCCUAUCAACAGUUUUCUCGAGAAUCCUCUUAUCACCGUUCCGGAGAAGCCUUUCCAUCCAUUGUUAGACACUGUCCAUUACUGGUUGGUUGGUUCUUGUAACGGGUUGCUCUGUUUUGCUCAUUAUUCUAGUUUCACUGGUAGCUACAGAGAUUGCUGGCUCAAUUUCUAUAAUCCAGCUACAAGUACUUUAUCUAGGAAAUUAGGGUAUUUUAAGGAUUAUUGCAAGCAUCGUUAUUUUUUCUCUAGAUAUGCAUUUGGUUAUGAUAGUUUAACUGAUAAUUAUAAAGUAGCCGCGUUACGAGUGAUUGGUGGUGAAAAUGGUGACAACGAAACUCAAUUGAGAACAGAGGUGAGAGUUUUUAGUUUGAAGGAUAAUGUUUGGGGGGAUAUUCAAGGUUUUCCGGUUGGACCUCUCCGGUUAACUCUUCCAAGUGAGAAUCAUGGUGUUUAUUUGAAUGGGAGUCUUAAUUGGCUGGCGCUACGGAAUUGUUAUUCCGCGGAUAGGUUUUAUCAUAGUAGUGAUAUUAUUCUUGAUCAAUUUGUGAUCAUUUCGCUUGAUUUGGGUGCUGAGAGACACGUGGAGUUAAUGCCUCCGCGGGGUUUGGAGGAAGUGCCGUUGAUUGAGCCGACUAUUUCUGUGUUGCUGGAGUCUCUUUGUUUUUGUCAUGAUUUCAAACAGACUUGUUUGGUUAUAUGGCAGAUGAAGGAGUUUGGGGUUGGAGAGUCUUGGACUCAACUCUAUAGAAUUAAAUAUCAAAAUCUUCAACACAUUGGAUGCUGGUCGCCGUUGCACAUUUCUCAGGAUAAGAAUACUUUGGUAUUGGCAAACAAGCGAGACCUGCUAGCUAUUAUCUAUGAUUGGACAAAUAAUAGGGUAGAGAUAGUUACCAAUAAACCGCGAUGGGCCUUUUGCAAGGAUUAUGUUGAAAGUUUGGUUUCUAUUCGUUGAAAAUCGACAACCCCAACUUCAAGUACACCUGGUGCCAUUGAUGGAACUUGGUGGAAUGUUGGAAGAAAAAGGAUGGGGCUUAUUGGAAUAACGAAUAAUUUCGCUAUUGAAGGAACUUGGUGGAAUGCUUGGAAGAAAGAGGAUGGGGCUAUUGGAACAACGAAUAAUUUCGCUAUUGAUGGAACUUGGUGGAAUGCUUGGAAGAAACAGGAUGGGGCUGAUUGGAACAAUGAAUAAUUUCAUCAGUAACAAGUUACAGCACUCAUUUUGUUUAGCACAUUAUGACCCUCUUGAUGUUGCUCUUUAGGUUUCUUUGGAAACAUGUGUAGUGUAGCAACUUUCCGCGUUAUAGUUUGCUGGUUUUUGUGUAAAGGCAGGUGAAAGUCUUCAACUUUAUAAGUAAUUUAAGUACAUGUUUUGUAGAACAGGUACAGUUCACAUUACAAUUCAAAUCUUGUUGUAGUUUUACAAGAUUCAAUUAAUGAUAUACUGAAAAUCUAUAUCUGGAUAUUCUUUUCUUUUUGUUCCUUUUUCGCUCUUGAUUUAUUUGUUAUACUCUUACCUCGACUAGAUCCCAUGAUCUAAGCAACCAUGUUGUAGGUGUUCUAAGUAGCAAUAUACUAAACUUACUGUUUAGAUAAUUAUGAAUAAUGAAUAAGUUCUCAAUAUUGUCAGAUUGGUGUUUUGUUAUUCUGUUAUUAGUUACAAGAUCAGAAUUGUGUGUUCUGAUUUCUACUGGAUCCCGCCGUCCUGACAACCUUGUUAAACUCAUUGUUUGGAUGAUCAUAUGUAAGUAUGCAAUAAGAGUUGUUUUGUUUUUACAUUGUCAUAGAAUCUCAUGAAUUUGUCCGAGCUUGCAGGAGAGGCUCUGCGUAGCUUGAUUCCAAUUUAACUUACUCAGUUUCAUAACCAUACUUGUGAGUAGUGUGCUAAGAAUUUUUAUUUUUUGUGUGAUGCGUGGAAGAAUUGAAGUUGUUUAGAAGGUUAAGACUUGGCCUCAUUCCUUUAUUUUUUUUCCCACACUUAUUUAUUUGUAUGAUGGAAGUGCUCUUUGUCAACAAUGUGUUGUUAGAUACACAGGAAAUUUCAGUACUUCUUUUUUCUCGAUUUAUUUUGAUUCUAAACUAAAGUAAUGUAGCCUUGGGUCGUUUUUGGAGGUUUUUUUGCAUAUCAGUCUUAGUAGCCGUUCUGCAUCAAUGCCGGCGCUCUUUUACAUAGUUUGUGUGGCAGCAUAAUGCAGGACAGUCUCGUUUGUGUGACUGUGGCAGCAUUUUAUCUGCUUGGUCGGGUGUUUAGUGGAUGGAGCUUCUGGUUGUUAUUGGUUGUGCUUUGCGGUGGUUUGGUGUCGGCAGCGGCGUGUGGACAGUGUACCAGAUUUUUUGAUCUUCCAGUAAUUUUUGAGUUGGCUAGUUUAAUGGAGCAAGUUUGUUAUUGUGUUAAUCUAAUUUAGUUGUGUAUCUUCAAUUUUUGAAUUGUAAUUGCUGUGAUCUAAUUCUGUGCUGUGGUGUAAUUUUGGUUGAGGUUUCUGUCUUGGUCAGCUGGUCUGUGGCUGCGUUUUAUGCUUGAUAACCUCGCUAAUACUGCGUUUUAUGAUUGAUAACCUCGCUAAUAUGCUGUAUGGAAUAUUGGCAUGUCUCAUGCCCUUGGGUUUUGGUAAUAUAUUUUUGCUGUUUAAAAAAAAAAAAGAAAAGUAAAUAAUAUACAUUAGAGUUUUGGAACUUGUUACUGUGUUAGAUACACUUGAAUGACAGUUUCCAUCGAACAUUCUUUAGAGAAAUUUUACUCUCAUCUCAAUUAUCAAUCAAUGUAAAUGGAAAGGUGAUAGCUUUUUUCUAUUGCAAAAGCUGCGUGAGAUAAGGGAAUUCUUUACCUCCUCUAUUAUUUGGUAUAGUGGCGGAUGUCCUUAUCAUGGCCAAU